AAGGUUAGGAAAUGGCUGUUCUCUUUCAUUGGUUUCGCCAGUCCCAAGGAUGAAGCUGUAGAGUCACGCCGAAAGUAUGACUUUGCAGACGAGGUUCUGGCUUGGAGAAUAAAGUUGCGAAAAGAGCGGUACGUUGUAGCAGAUGAACUAGUAUGAAGCCCCUGUCUCAUAGCAAACACCUGUUGAAAUUUUUUCCUAAACCAAAUGUUUAUUCAAAUCUCAUUAUAGAGAAUUAGUUCUGUAUAAAGAAUAUUUGUGGUUUGCAUUGAUUUUCUCAACAUUGAUUGCACAAAUGAUUUUUACGGACAGGGUCAGAAAUAGUGAUACUAAGAUAACUCCAGAAGUCAUUUUUUCACACCAAUAAAGUUUUUAUCACCUAAAUUUGUUUUGUACAUGGAAUUAUUCCAUGUAUUUUAUGCAUUGUGACCCCCAUCAGCAUAUGUCACUUGGAAGAAAAGUACUUGACCAUGAACUCAGAAACUUCCAGAGAAUUUGAAGCAUGAACCGGAAGAGUCUUUUAGUGAAACACUUGAUAGAUGGUGACAAGAGACAAGCAGUUGGCAUACAACCAGAGCAAAGAUCAGUUGCUGAAUAUAUUGGCAAUGCCACAAAGGGAGAAAUUCUACGCCGAGCAGAUGAAAAACUUCAGUUGCUGAGUGAUGUGGAAGUCAAAUCUGAUCUGAUGAAAAAGCUGGCUGAUUUCAAAAGGCAAAUUGCAAGAAUUAAAAAGGACACUUUGCUAGCCUUGUAUGAAGAAAUUGUAGAGGAGCUAAAUAGUGCGGAUGUCUUAGAAAUGGUUCGCCAGAGUGUGGAGAUUGAAGAAGAUGGCGAAUGA